AUGAGGUUCACACUUACACGCUGGUGCUUGACCCUCUUCUUCUUUCUGAAUCGCCCAAUUCCGGUCCUUCCUGCCACUUCAGAGGUCACCCACCCUCCAACAAUAGAGCCGGAGCCAUUUCUCUACCUUUUAGGAAAGCAGAGACUGUUGGAGGCACAGCACAGAUGCUAUGACCGAAUGCAAAAGUUACCCCCAUACCAAGGAGAAGGUCUGUAUUGCAACCGUACAUGGGAUGGAUGGUCCUGCUGGGAUGACACACCGGCUGGAGUGCUCGCCCAACAGCACUGCCCAGAUUAUUUUCCGGACUUUGAUGUAGCAGAAAAAGUUACAAAGUACUGUGAGGAAGACGGGCUUUGGUACACGCACCCUGGCAGCAACAUAUCCUGGUCCAACUAUACUAUGUGUAACGCUUUCACUCCUGAGAAGAUGCAGAAUGCAUACAUUCUGUACUACUUGGCUAUUGUGGGUCAUUCUAUGUCGAUGUUCACCCUGGUGAUUUCCCUGGCGAUUUUCAUGCUUGUUAGGAGCCUUAAGUGCCAAAGGGUGACUCUGCACAAGAACAUGUUUCUGACUUACGUUCUGAAUUCUAUCAUUAUCAUCAUCCACCUGGUUGAAGUUGUGCCCAACGGAGAGCUCGUGAAAAGGGAUCCGCCGAUCUGCAAGAUUUUGCACUUUUUUCACCAGUACAUGAUGUCGUGCAACUACUUCUGGAUGCUCUGUGAAGGGGUCUAUCUUCACACACUCAUCGUGGUGUCUGUGUUCGCUGAGAGACAACGCAUGUGGUGGUAUUAUGUCCUGGGCUGGGGGCUCCCGCUGGUGCCAACCACUGCCCAUGCUAUCGCAAGGGCACUGCUAUUCAAUGACAACUGCUGGCUGAGUGUGGACACGAACCUGCUUUACAUCAUCCAUGGUCCUGUCAUGGGGGCAUUAGUGAUCAACUUCUUCUUUUUGCUCAACAUCGUCCGGGUGCUUGUGAAGAAAAUGAAGGAAUCCCAGGAGGAGGAAUCGCACAUGUACCUGAAGGCGGUGAGGGCCACUCUGAUCCUGGUGCCCCUGCUGGGGGUCCAGUUCGUCGUCCUUCCCUGGAGACCUUCCCACCCAGUGCUUGGAAGGAUCUACGACUACGUGAUGCACUCUCUGAUUCACUUCCAGGGACUCUUUGUUGCCGUCAUUUACUGCUUCUGCAACCACGAGGUCCAAGCUGCUCUGAAGCGUCAAUGGAACCAAUACCAAGCCCAGCGCUGGAGUGGCCGCCGCCGCGCCAACCGUGCCGCCAACGCUGCCGCCGCCACUGCUGCUGCCGCUGCCGCCCUGGCUGAGGCUCCUCAGAUGCCUGUCUACAUCUGCCAUCAGGAGCCAAGGAACGAGCCCACCAACAACCUAGGCGAGGAGGGGGCUGAGGUCAUCGCCAUGGAAAUCAUCGAGCAAGAGUCAUCCGCUUGA